AUGUUCUCUGACAGCAGGGCUCCAGCGCCUGGGGAGCAGAAAGGCUUCAAGCCGCACGCCCCUCACUUCAUCCCAUGGCUGCGCAAUAGUCUGAAGUCCCACCACAGCAGUGACCUGGGGCUCAACAGGCCACAGAAACCCAACCCUGAAGCCCCCGGCAGCCUGACCCCACUGGAGAAAGCCAAGGGGAUCGGGUUCUUCUCCUUCCCAGGAAAGGGCCGUACAAAGAAGGGGGACUUGCGGUGCAAUGGCGUGGGGAUGGCGAAGAUGCUCCCGGUGGUGCUGAGGGGGCCCCACAUCCUGCCAGGGAGUCAGGGGAAGCAGAGGGAGGAGAGUCCUGUUAGGUGGAACCAAUCUCCAGAUUUAGACCCAGACCCCAACGCACAAAUCAGCCCAGGGGAUGGGCCAAAGAGUCCGGUCAACAGCUUUACUUCUGCCAAGGAGAACCACACAUUGGUGAGGAACCACAGUGGUCAGCUGAGCCUCCUUCACUCACAGAAUGACAGGACCAGCACCACAGCGAAGAGAUAUGGGCCACUGGUGGUACCCCCUCCGGUUCCUGUUCCCGCACAGCUCGCUGAGGACCUGAACUGUGAGGUGCCUGUCGUGCUGUGUAUGGAGGACAGGAGGGAGAAGGUAUGGGACUAUGCCAGCCAAACCACUUACCGCCAGAGAGACCUGCACUCAUCCAGCUGGGUCAGCCCGGAUACUCAGGGACUUAUCGAGAGGCAGCACGGAUUCAGCUCCAGCUUCAGCUACAUCAAACAACAGAGCAGGAACUCCCAGAGCCACAGAGACCUGACAGCGCUGAGAGCACCACCUGUGGAAGGCUUCAACGGGCCCCUUAAUGGGAUCAUCUUCUCUGCCGAGGUCCCUCAGAGGGGCCAGGGUUGCACCACGGUGCAACGUCGCCCCAGGAAACCCAGGCCGGUGUCGGAGCACAUUGCCGUCCUGGGCCAGAAGCAGACGCCACUCAGGCGCAGACCAAAGAGUGAAGGGGAGCCGGGGAGGAAGGAGGCGGGCUGCAGCAGGAAGGCAGUUCGAAAUCAGAUCAAACGAGUGGUGUUCAACCUGGAGCAGGUGCUAACAGCGCUGAGGGACGUGCACCAGGAAAUGAGAGAGGUGGUGCAGCAGAUCGACCAUCUAACCUCGUCCAUCGAUCUUAACGAGGAGGAGCAGGGCCCGAGAGGAGGCGACCGGGCCGAGCCUCCCAGCGACAGCAGCUCCAGCUCAGACUCAGAGGUGACAAUAUGCAGCACCCGUCAGAGGCCCUCAGAGCCUGGAGAGCAGCCAGGAAACACUGACUCAUCUGGCACCCUCAGGAGAGGUCACCAUGGCAGGGGCCAGUCUCCAUCCAGUGUGCAGCUGUGCCCGGUGUCCUCAUCCGAGAGGAGUCGGACUCUGCGCUUCGCCUGUACCCUUGGGUCUUCUCCCAGAAAAGGUGGACUGCUGCCGUACAGCAAUAACCCCCCUUCAUCUGGGCCAAGUCAACUGCAGAACCUCUCCCCCCAUGACCUUACGCUGCCUCACCAAAGAAACCUCCCUGUCCGCCCUCCCACUCCUGGUCUCUCCCCUCUCACAGUAAACCUCCAUCCCUCCAGAAGCCCAGUUUCUCGGCCUCAAUCCCCAGGUCCUUCGUCCUUCAUCCGGGUCAGCUCUGUCUCCCCUCCCUCCCCGCUGUCUCCAAAGCCUCACCCACCCCCUGCCCUCAGCCCGUCUGUCAUCAUCGAGACCAAAGUAGGUUCUUACCAGACCCCACAACGCGACCACCCAUGUGCUGGCUCGCUCCCUCCAUCAUCGGCCCAGCCUCCAUCUGCCAGCUGCCCAGCCACAGACUCACAAACUCAAACGGCGACCAGCGUUGAGAGAGAGAAGCGAGCGUCCUCGGCAGGACCUGUUCAUGCAAAGUCCCAGGUGUGCAUUGCCUCUGCAGCCACGGCUAAACCGUCAAUGGUGCAAGGUCGCCGAGGUCGCAAACCGCCACCUUACCCCCACCACAGACUCUCUGACCACACAGAGAAAGUGAAGGAGACCCGCAAAGCUCCGCCGUAUCCAGAGAAAAGAAAGCUGCUCUCGACCACAGUGUGAGACGAGCAGCAGGAGUGGGAGGCCGAUCAAACUGAGCCACAUUCAAAGCGCCAGCCACGGGGCCUGCAGGAGUGAGGAGUGAUUUAAGGGCUCGCCAAGUUAAACUAAGACCAAGUUUCCAAGGUGACAGGACAGAGAUGCAAC